ACGUGGCCCCGUGUUUGGAAACACUGAACACUCGAUGCUUUGGUCGCUGUGGCAUGCUGCCUCUGUCCAGCACAUCACUGCUCUUGUCUUGCUGUAGCAGCACAGCUGAACACACACAGCAAUUAUGACCAGCCUACAGGUUUGGCGGACUUUUGAACCCGAUAGCUACUACAAAACAUUCUUAGAACAUAGCAAAAGACCAGAUGGCCGUGGUCUUUCAAAUUUCCGACCCAUAAAUAUUAAAGUGGGCACAGUUACCACCGCAGAAGGAUCGGCCACUGUUCGUCUGGGACACACGACUGUCAUGUGUGGCAUCAAGGCGGAGAUUGCCACGCCUACACUGCGACAUCCGGAUGAGGGAUUCAUAGUGCCUAAUGUGGAACUGUAUCCUUGCUGUUCACCGAUGUUCAAGGCAGGACCACCAGGAGAAAAAGCUAUUGGAUUAAGUCAGUUUUUGAAAAAUGUCAUAACCAGUGCUGAGGUUCUGCUUCCUUCAGAUUUAUGCAUUGCUCCAAAUAAAUUUGCAUGGUGCCUCUACUGCGAUGUGGUUUGUCUGAAUUAUGAUGGAAAUCUGUAUGAUGCAUCACUGAUUGCUCUUAUGGCAGCAUUACAAAAUGUUUUAUUACCUGAAGUAAGCUAUGAUGAGGAAAGUGAAAAAGCCACCGUAUCUCCAGAAAGAACUCUUCCACUCAAAUUGAAGAGAAGACCAGUCUCCUCAACCUUCACCAUGUACAGUGAUAGCAUACAGCUUGUGGAUCCAACAGCAGAGGAUGAGGAGCAGGGAAGUGGUGAGGUGACAGUGGUACUCCUGGAGGAUGGCUCACUGUGCACAAUACACAAGCCUGGGGGACACUCCAUUGUCUCAGACUUCCUGGACAAGUUUAUUAAUCUUGCCAGAAAGAGAGUCAAAUUAGUCAACUCUGCAAUCUGUAAAGCUCUUGCAGAAAGAAAGGUGUGAUCUUUAUUGAAGACAGGAGAGGUGAACCUGAUCUAUUUUUGUGAAUGGUCUCCACAUAACCACUGCACUUCAUGUUUUAAGUGAAAUAAAGCUUCAAACUUGCUUCUCUAAAUGCAUAGCCAUAGAAAA